CUGGUGGACGCUCUGAAGGAGCAGGAGGAGAUCAACCUGCGUCUGAGGCAGUACAUGGACAAGAUCAUUCUGGCCAUCCUGGACCACAACCCCUCCAUCCUGGAGAUCAAGAACUAACACAACGCACAGAUAGUGAAGCUGUUGUGGCCAGACGUCCUCUUUACUGUUAGUUUGUGUUUAAAUGUGCUUCUGCGAUGCUCUCACAGUUACUGAGCACCAGCAGAUGUGGUGUUUCUGGCACUCUCACGUCGUGACGUCCAGCUUUGAGGGCUCACCCUCACCUUUCAGCCUCCAUCCACUCAAAGUGCUAAGUUGUCCAUUUCUAAAUUUAUGUUGUAAAUGGUUUGAAUAGCAGGAAGUGCUGCUCCUUGUCACAAUAAAAGCUGCACUUUUCCUCACUUCAUGUUGCUUCAGCUGAAGCAGAAUUUAGAACGAGCUUUGUGGAUUCUAACUUGUUUUUUUAGAAUGAAUCAAAAAAUCUGUUGCUACUGAAAAAGCAAUGAGGGAAUGAUGUCAUGGAAACAAAGACUGAAGGAGCAAAAAGGUGCUGGAGGGAAACUUCACAAGUCUCUGUCUGCAUCUUCAAAACAUCUGAAGGUUUCUAUGAGGAGAGAUGAAGUCUUCCUUCCUCUGGAUGAGAUUAUUCCUUCAAACGAGUUUAGAAGGCAAGAAUCCGAUCACUUAAAACACUUGAAUGAUUUAGUGCCAAAACACAAGCAGACACGAGUGUCCUCCGUGAUCGUCCUUUUCAAUCAUGACAAAACAAUAUGGUGCUGUCCAGCAGAAAAGCCAACCCAGACGGCACUGUACCCCCAUGCAACGGGGAGUUUUGUGAACUAAAGGAUUUCUGUUCAGAUCAUCAGAUUGAAGGAGGUCAGUCUGAUCCUGUCCAGAUCAUCCUCAGAGAGCAUGUGCAGACACAGCUGCUCACCAACCACCACAGUGUUAUUGAAUUCACCAAAACGGGCUUUUUUCAUGGUGUCAUAGUUUGACUCUGAUUUGAUCACAAUGUUUGUAAUUUCAUUGUAAAUGUUGUACAAAGUCACUUUUCAUAUGAAAGAAAGUCAUGGCACUUGAUAAAAAAAAAAGAUUUCAACAUAAUGUGUAGCUGAGUUCACUGUAAAUGUCUGAGCUUACAUUAAACAUGUGAAUGUGUCGA